AUGGACAUCGCCUCGGGAGGAUCCGCCACGAGGCGGCUCAUCAGGAGGCUGGAGGUAGCACCUCCAAAGGGCAGCACCUACGCUGUCACCACCUGGGUCAACGCCGACCUCAUUCCAAUGGACAGCUCGAGGAGAACCUGGAACGGAUGGAACCCCUUGGUCCUGGUUGCUAUGUGCAUCCUGUGCGGUUGGCCCGGCGGGUCUCACCACAUCACCUUCACGGUGGUUUGUCGGAUGGCCUGGGGCAUGCGCGGCAGCUGGUUUGCGAUCUUCUUCCGGGUGAUGCCGGCGGUUGUCUGGGACGGCAUCGAGGCCUGGUGGGGAGCCCAGGCUAUAUCGACGAUGAUCGGGACAUGGUCCAUUCGCUGGGCGAAUUGGGAGUAUCCCCUAGCCAAUGGCACGAUGGAGCUGAAAGACUUUAUCGGUUUCAUCAUCUACCAUAUCGUCUUUCUGGGGGUUAUGUGGCUGCCUCCAGAGAAGCUCCAUCGUCCAUUCCAGGUCUCCUUUGUUGGUUUCACCAUCGUCAUCCUGGGCCUUGUCAUUUGGUCGACUCAUGGAGCUGGAGGUGGUGGUGAAUACUUUGCGAGUGAUUAUAAUCCUCCUCCGGCGCUGGCAGGCUCCAUAGGAUGGGCUGUCAUAUACGGCGCCACCGCAGUCCUGGGAAACACAGCGGUUGUGACCAUGGGCGGAUCCGCAUGGUGUCGCUUCGCUAAGGACAACCGCCGAUCCAUGAUCGCACAAGGAAUCGCCUGUCCCAUAUUCAUCUACGCCGCAUUCGCCCUCGGGAUCUUGGUGACUUCAGCCUCAAGCAAUAUACUCGGAGAAGCGUACUGGCAGCCGUUCCUCCUACUACGAGGGAUCCAGUCGCACUACAACAACUCUGCACGAUCCCGAGCUGCUGUCUUCUUUGCUUCUGCAGCUCUGGCGUUGUCGCAGGUCACCGUCAACAUGAUCUUGAAUAGUGUCGCUGCUGCUAUGGAUAUGGCAAGUUAUAGCCCGAAAUGGCUUACGAUCCGACGGUGCAGCUACAUCAUUGCUGCCUUGGGAGUUGUUACAAAUCCUUGGCAGAUAACAACUACUGCGGCCACGUUCAUUCAGGUUAUAUCAGGGUUUGGAACGUUCUACGGACCACUAUCCGGCAUUCUAGUAGCAGACUUUUGGAUCGUUAGAAAACGCCUGAUCAAGAUGAGAGAUCUAUAUAUCGGCAAUGAGGAGAGCAUAUACUGGUACUGGAACGGAUUCAACUGGCGCGCCUUCGUGACAUUCGCCGUAUCAAUCGCACCCGCGCUCCCCGGUUACAUCAUGAGCUGCGCAGAUAUCAACGGGGAGCCAAACAACGCCAUGAAGCUCUCAAGGCUUGGUUUCAUCAUCGGAUUCGUGGUGGCCGUGGUAGUCUAUCCUAUCUUGAGCUUCGUCUUCCCGCCAAGAGGUCUAGGCGAGGGAGUGGACCACCAUGAUGAAGACAUGUUCAUCCUGCCAAGCGCGUUUGAUCAGAGCAAGCCUACGCAGGGCAAGUACUCGAUCGUUGAAGGCGUGGCUGAUGUCGAGUCGAGGGACAGCGACAAGGGCUGCGCCGAGAAGAACGGGGUUGGGCCAGAGUGA